AUGGAGUUAUCCACAUCUAGCGUUGUUUCCGAAUCAGGUGCCACUUCAGAAUCAAGCGAAGUUGCGAAACUUUCUGGUUCGACAUCUUCGUUGUCUGUAGGAUUGAAAACUGCUGAGACAGUUAAAGGACGAACUUCAAAGUUACCCGGUCUCAAACGUUCUCCUCUAGCUAGUUCUACUUCAUCUGUGAAGGAUAAGGCUAGUGUACCUGCCUCAGCUGGUAGAAUUCCAUCAGAAAUUAAAAAGACAUCACAAGAAAAAGCUGAAGUCAAAGAAGCAUUUGAUCGUUAUCGUGAAGAAGUAACUGAAAUGGUUGAAAAUAUAGAAAUGGCCACUUUGGAUAAAGAAAUGGCAGAAGAAAAACUAGAAACAUUGACUGCAGAAAUUGAAUUACUUAAGGAACAAGUAGAAGAAUUAACUCUUGAGAAUCAAAUCUUGAAAGAAGAAUCUGAAGAAAAAGGAGAUAAAUUACUAUACACUGUGUUCGUAGUUACUUAUUGUAUUCUACGUUAUUAUCUCCUCUCUCUCGCUUUCUCUGUCUUGUGGAAAAUACCAGGUGGAGUAGCAGUCGGUGUUGAAGGCGGUCCAACUCCCUUACAGUUUAAAAAUCUUGAACAACAAAAUGAACGAAUGAAAGAAGCACUGGUCAAGCUACGUGAUUUAGUUAAUCAAGAUAAAUCGGAAAUCUCAGCUUUAACUAAACAGAUUACAUCUUUAGAAUCAGAGGUUAGUCAACUGCAAACAGAAAAAGAACGAUUAACAAAAGAUAUUAAAGAUAGUGUUGAACAAAUUAUUGAAUUAAAAGAACAAGUGGAUGCUUCCCUUGGCAUUGAUACAAUGGUCAGUCAGUUGACACAACGUAAUUUAGAACUGGAAGAAGCGCUUGAGAAAAUUAAAGAAGAAAGAAAUGAUCUGGAAGCUCUUUGUGAAAUGAAUGAUGAAUUACAAGAGAAUAGUCGUGAAACAGAACUUGAACUACGCGAAGAAAUUGAACGAUCCCAUAGUAAAAUUAAUCAACUUGUACGUAAUUUAGAUGCAACACGUGAAACAAUUGCAGACUAUGAACAAACUUUUGUUAAAUUUAGAGAUUUAGUCUCUGAUUUACAAACACAAAAUACUGAUCUGCGUAGGUCAUUAGCGGAUGGAAAACGCUUACAAGAAGAAAAACAGCAACAAAAUGCCUAUGCUACAGUUGCAACAGAUCUUGUCGGUUCUACAGCUGCAUUUAUGGGGGGUAAAUUUGGACUAGGCUCUCAAGUACAAACUCUUGCUAAAGCACAUGCACUUUUUACUGGUGUGAAAAAGCUAUAA